UCCUUCUCUCCGACGGCACAUGCGCAGUCUUGUUGUAGCCGCCUCCGUUGUGCCAGCAACAUGGCGGCGCCCGGUUCAGAGGAAACUGGCGGGCAGCCGCGGCCGGGGAAAAGCAACCGGACGCUGUUGGUGCGGCAUCUGCCCGCCGUGUUGACGGCGUCGGAGAAAGAGGAUUUGCUGAAGCACUUCGGAGCCGCGUCCGUGCGAGUCCUGUCCGACCACGGAAGACUGAAACAUACAGCUUUUGCUACCUUCCCUAAUGAAAGUACAGCUGCUCAGGCCUUAUUAAAACUACAUCAGCUGAACCUUCUAGGCCAUACACUAGUAGUUGAGUAUGCAAAAGACCAAGAUAGCAUUCGAGCUCAGAGCCAAUCUUCUCUGUCUGAAAAUGACAGAAGUCUCGAAGAACCUGUCAAAGAAGAGAAGGAGAAGAAAGAUUUAAAUUGCCUCAAAAUUGAAACUGGAAUUGCUCCUAGCCAUGGGUUAACUUUUCCUGUAAAUUCUUGCCUCAAAUAUCUGUAUCCCCCACCUUCAAAUGCAAUCCUAACUAACAUAGCAAAUGCAUUGGCAAGUGUCCCUAAGUUUUAUGUACAG